GUCAGAGUAAUUUAUUUUCUGUUGUGACGGGAAAGGUUUUCGUUACAUUACUUCCAAAAGCAUUGAUCAAGUAUCUGUAGAUUAUGGUAAGGGUAAAAAGAAAAUAGGUCGCCCCUGAGACCUUGACAUAGACCCUAGCGCUAAAGUUUGGACUAAUGACCGCAUUACUGAAAAUCAAAAAUUUGAUAGCGUCACUCUUUGAUCGAAACUUGUUGCGUAUAGACCUGUAUUGUGAUUUUUCUUUUAUAUUGAAAAUUAUAUUCUUUUGUUAAUUUUGUGUGAAUUGAUCGAGUGGAACCAAAUUCCGGAUAUUGUUCAUCGAACGGGAUUUGGGACUUGAGUGGAUUAAAAUCAUUUUGUCACAGAAUUGUAUAACCUCGACAAGGAGUCGAUAUUUGAUCAAUCAGAUCGACUAAAAUCGUCAACAUCACUUCAAGGGAUUGUUCCUGCAUAGUACGGAGAGUUCUGGUCUGGCUGAUUUGCUUUGCCGAAAUAGGAUAAAAUGGCGGAAAGUCUUGAUUUGAUCGGAUCAACUGAAGCCCGUGGGAAGUUGGAACAACUCAUGGAAUAUAGGAGGAAAAUCGAUGAUCUAUUGAUCGAUUUAAAUCAGCAAGUUGCAGGUUGCCAAGCUGAUGCUGAGGUAAAAGAUCGUUAUGCUGACGAUGCUUCAUCAGUAUGCACUACCGUGACUAGAGGAUCAGGAUACGAUGAUGUCGUCUCAGAGGCUCAACAAUUGAUCGAUGAAAUUCGAUCAAGGGAACCGGAUCCUGUGAAGUUGAUCAAAAUACCUAGAAUGACCCAAAAACAGAUCGAUAUGGAGAAUUCCAGAAGACAUAGGAUUCCAAAUAUUGACGAGGCAAGAUCAAAGGACGGGAAGAUUCUGAGAUCAAUUGAUAACCCUGAGGCUGUUGUUGCACCGUCGGUGACAGUCAAACCUUUGCCCUAUACGAUCGAUGACAUCCCAACUUUCAAUGAAGUUUUGGAGCAACUUGGAGUUCCGCAACUGUUGAGUCAAGAUGGUCAGCCUGCGCCGGUCUACAUGGCUGAUUGUCGGAUUCUGUCCGACAAAUUGUUAAAAGAUUUAAUAAAAAAAAGGGCAGAAAUAAUGAUCAAAAAGAUGGAGGCCGGAAGGGUGGAUCGUGGCACUCAAACUUACGUUUCGGUCCUUGCCAAGCAGCGUACACCGGGUUGCGUGAAUUGUAGAUCGAAGGAACAUCACUUCCUCAAGUGUCGUCUUCCUCUGAGGGCUGGAUUCUGUCGUGUCUGCGGAGCCGACGGAUUUGAGACAAAGGAUUGCAUCUAUCCUCACGGAAUUGAGCAUGAGUUUGCUUUGGGUCGUUGCACGGGAUGUUCCAAUGAUCUUUCGAUCUAUUGUCCGGAAUGUCCGGACUGCAACAUCCGUUUUGCUGGUUACGUCGAUUGGCUUCGAUUAAAUUAUGCAACGAUGCCGAGUUGGAUUAUUCCAUCUGACCAUCGCUACCUGGUCAAUGAGGCAACGGAAGAGGAACUUCGGCGCAGAGUCAAGGCUAACUUUGCAAACCCUAACGAUUCAGCGAAUAAGAUCAGGAGUUUCUUGAUAAGGGAGAAUGCCUUGUCUUACGUGGAGGAGUCGGCUAAUUCAUUGGUACCAACUCCUCGGGAUCUGUCGGAGGUAAAGAGGAAACGGGCCGUUGAUGCUUUGCUUAAACCUUUCGCCGACUUAGCACUGGACGAAGUAAUGAAGCUAAGACCAGAGCUAUCAGAUGGCGAGGCAUACAAGAUCAUCAUUCCAACCGAGUUCCAGAAGAAGGAUAAAUAAUAUUUGACGAACUUGUUGAUCGACGUCGACGGAAAAUUUAAAAACUAGAGUUCGGCGAGAUUGAUCAUAUGUAUUUUGUAUUUCAUUUUAUACUUACAGUUUCUAUUUUCAUAUGUAUUCUAUUAUUAUAGUAAGAAAUACAUCAGUAUUAAAUUGACAAAGAUUUGACAGUAACUUCGAUAUAUAGUUUAGUUCAGAAUAAAAUGAAGUUACCAAUAAUGUCUGAAUAUUAAGAGACUUCCACGAAAUGCAUUUAACCAACUGCAUAAAUAAGCAUGUUAUUAAUUGAAUUCAUUGACACUUAUCACUCUAAUUUAUUUUAUCUAUUGAUAUUUUGUUUUAAUGAUUAUUUUAUCAGAAUUGUUUCAGCUCGAUGGUAAUCUUGGUAGAACUUUUUGAAGUAACUUCACGUUUGAAAGGGGAGAAUGUGACGGGAAAGGUUUUCG